AUGCCGCUCGUCCAGUUGCAGCCUCAUCCGUUUACUGUCAUACCAUUGCACCCCUCUCUAUCCGCAGAAGGUUCGCGUCCAGACCCAAAACAAUUUGUGGCCACCGCUCUCCGCGAAGCUGUCGAUCUUCUCCACUCCAUUCCCUCUACCUUCCAAACAGACCCCAAACGUCGCGCUUCACCGCCAUCGCAAGCUAAGGUCAAACUCUUGCGCGGAUGGCGCAAUUCAGGAGAAGAGAAGCCCGAGUACUGGGUUGCUCGGCAGAGCGAACAUGUGGACGCCAGCGAAAAGGGGACUGCGUCAUGGAGUGAAUUUGAAGCUGGCUUGAGGACCAAUCAUGCCGAGCAUGAGAUGGAGUAUACUCCUAGUGUCAGUGGUGUGGAGCAACUACUGGCAUGGUCAGGAGAGGACAUAGGAGAGGUGGUAGUGGACGACAUCACCUACAAAGAUGUGGUGUUUGAGAUCAAUCUCAUAACGCAUUCUUUCCACCCAUCGGCCCUAAUCUCCCCACGCAGCUUCAUCUCCCUCACUAUUUCCGCCGCAUACAAUGCUCCCACCCAAACAGAGCAGCAGACCCCAUUGAAGGGCUUCAUCACCGUCCAAGUACCUCUGAGCUCAGACCCAUCUACCACACCCUCGGAAAUUCAUCGAAAGAUCACUUCGUCGGCGCCGAGACGAGCUGUCUUCGCCAGCUAUGCAAGCGUAGAGCGGGUUUCGCUUCUACCCACUGAACCCAACUCCAUCGAAUGGACAAUGGCAACGACUUCCGACGCAGGCGGCUCGAUACCCCAAUGGGUUCAACGCAAUUGGACAUUAGGCGGGGUUCCACGUGCGGUCGUAGCUGAUGUCGGAUUAUUCAUAGGGUGGACCAUGCAUCGACGAAGAUCUUCCUAG